AAAUUCAUGCGAGAAGACAGCCUGAUGAAACGAGAGCUGAUUGAUUGCGGUUUCGAGUGGCUCAUCACAGGCUGGAGAAUUCUUGAGUCAAAGCUGUCAAAAGAUUUCAAAAGCUGUUCACGAAAGAGACGACGUGCUACUUUCGCAGGCAGAUCGCGCUCGGGAUCACCAAAAAAGAGCCCGAUACGGAGCACAUCACCAAUACCCAAAGUUAGGGAUUGUUUGAGUGUCAACGAUGGCACCGAUCAGUGGAAUUUGCAGCGAGGAAUAAGAAGAUCUGGGCGAUUAUCGGCCAAACGAGGCAUUUCUCGACUUGAGCCAGUUAAAACGGAACAAAUCGCAUCAGAUGAGGAAAAAAAUCGUUUCGUAGUGGAGAAAAAAGUGCCCGUGAAACGAUCUUGGAAGCAUUUUGCUGCUGAAAAAGCUGAGAAAGGUGAAAAUUAA